UUGCGGUCAGCUGUUGAGUAAUAUAGUGCAUCCGAUCAACACAUCAUUGUUAUCACGAUGCCGCCUUGGUCCAUGAUCUCGCCUGCCUCGCGGGGCAUUGGUUUCGCUCUUGCCCGAAGGGUCCUGCAAACCACCAACGCGCCUGUUGUCGCAACAGCGCGUAAAGAUCUAGACAAGACGAAAGAGCAAUUGCUCGAAGGGUUGGACGUCGAUGAAGCGCGAUUGAGGGUGUUGAAACUAGAUGUCACAGACGAGUCCACAAUCGCAGACGUGGCAGUAGCGUGCAAAGAGAAGUUCACGCCAGGCGAUCACCAGCUCCAACUGGCCUUCUUCGUGCCUGGACUGCUCUUUCCCGAGAAGGCGCCAGCUCAGAUUGACGCUAAAGAUGCGCUCCUCACGUUCCAAACAAAUACUCUGGGGCCGAUGCUCAUGAUCAAGCACUUUUCGCCCUUCUUGCCAAAGAAGCGUGCGGAGCUUGCCAAAGAUGAGGAAAUGAUGAAGGGCCUUCCACAAGCGGCAAGCAUGGCGAUCAUGUCUGCGCGUGUGGGCAGUAUAUCGGAUAACAAGCUUGGAGGCUGGUACAGCUAUCGCGCUUCGAAAGCUGGCGUCAAUCAGGUCGUCAAGACAUUCGAUAACUAUCUGCGGACAGCAUCUGGUGACAAGGCACUAGCGUUGGCUUUGCAUCCUGGCACAGUCAAGACCGAGUUCAGCAAAGAGUUCUGGGGUGGUGUCAAGAAGGAAAAGCUAUUUGAGAAAGAAUGGGUGGCAGAAAGACUGGUCGAUGUGGUCAGGCAGGUAGGAGUGGAUGGACGGGGCAAGUGCUGGGAUUGGGACGGCAAGGAAGUGCUACCCUGAAGACCUCUACGCUUGCAGGUGCAAACCCGGCGUCCUCCUUCUGUUGUCCCUCGCGGACUUGAAAUCUUCUCAAUACCAACAUUUCGUUCUUUUCACAUUCAACGGCUCUCAUUACCAG